AGUUUGACCACGCCCUGGAUAAACUGGAUUUUGUCUGUGUGGGAGCGUUUUUCACCUUUUUACGCUCCUCCACCUUCAUUCCAUUCCUCAGUUUUUAUGGAUUUCGAAGAGGAACCGCAAGCAAAAACAGACCCAGAACGGAUAUCUAUCUCGAUCGUGCAGACUCCUGGUCGUUUCCGCAGAGCUAUCCCUUGUAUGCCACUUUGUUUGGCGGUACUGUGCUGCUUUUUUAACUUCAUCAUUCCAGGCUUAGGGACUACGAUUGCAGCAUUUUCUGUGUGGUGCUGUUCUGAUCCCACUUGUGAGACGAAGUUUGACUCAUUCUGCACUAAUCUUCUGGCUGCUCUAUUCCAGUUUAUUACAUGUCCAUUCAUCGUUGGCUUCGUAUGGUCUAUCAUAUGGGGAGUGCUGUUCAUCCAGAUUGCUCGAAAAUGGUUCAUUUCAUCAAUCGACAAUCGGUACUCGAUGCUCGACGUCUGCCCAUGUUCCCGAUGGUAGCAUAGUAUUCAAUUUCCUCAGGGUUUCGUUUCUGCGCUUUGCGUGCAAAUGUGUUGUUGUUCUGUCUAGCGGUUCUGAACCAAGUACUUGUCGUAUAGGAGCUAAAGUUCUCUAAGAGAACGAUUUCGUCACAAAUGUAAUGCUGGUGGAAAUGUUUUAGACUCAAAAUCCUGCUCAGACUAGGUUGUUGCCCUACAGUUUAAUUUUGUUUCAACUGACCUAUUUGUAUCCGUCAAAUUAUGCAACCGAAAUUCUAUUGUCGUGUCUCCAGCAUGCAAGUCAAUAUUGCUCAAUUCAAAUGCA